CGCGCCAUCGGUAUCGCGGCCAGGCGGCUAAGCCCAACGUGAAUGCCACCACCGCACAAGGCUUCAGCACCGGAGUUGCACACAUCACGCCCCUUGCGAUGGCAUUGUGUGCGCGAAGCCCCGAAUUCUAGUCUUCGAAGGCAAGCGAGCGAAUCGACGUCCUCCACCCCCUGCGCGACGACACCCCCACGUUCAUGGUACCGCAUAGUGCGAGUCAUUGGCGGCCUUCGAGCGUGCUCGUCGUCCUUCGUGAGCGCUCAGCUCCCUUCGAAAGCGCCCAAACCCUGCUGCAAUGGGCCCUCAACGCACCCCUUGCUCUACCCAUGCGACUAUUACGCACAACGCAAGUGCUCGACUUCGCUCUGCAAAAUCGCCGCCGUUCUGCGAAGUCGCCACCGCACUGCAACCCAGCCAUCAUCUAGGGUGCGCAGGGCGCCCGAGACACUGCAGUAUGGCGCCGGAGACUCUGCACCAUCGCACCCGGACACUACACUAUCGCACGCGAGAUUCAUCACGGAUACCUAAGGAAUGCCUUACAAACGGUGGAUCGAACUCGUCCUAGCACCGUCGCGACCGAUUGCUGAGCGACCGGCCCGCCAUGAGCCAGAUGAGGCCAACCGGCUCUGCCCUCGCCAAUUGGUGGUCCACGCAACCGAACGCACGCCCGCAGCUUCACCGUACCAGGUCAGA